GACAAAUAUCCAAAGCAAUAUUUGUUGUAGCCAUAGCAGCAAUAGUAGCAACAACAACAACAACAAAAAGUCAGUUAGAAUAUUGUGUAUGUAGGUUUUUGCACGCGUUCUUGGAUCAAAAUUCAACAUUUAUUAAUACACCAGGCAAAGCAGUCAGAAGAAAAGGAAAGAACGAAAGCCAUUUUUUCAAUUUUAUUUGUUCGUUUGUGUUACUCGAUGAUAACAACAACAAAUUUUAUAUUGCUCAAAAAGUUUUCUCAUUUCUACAUUGUUUUUGCCUUUGUUUGUUUUUAUCAUCAUCAUCAUCAUCAUUAUAUAUGUCGUCCAUCGCCAUAAUCCUGGCGUUUCGUCGACAACUCAUUCAUAAUCCAUUUGGAACGACACAUUCCACAUAUGUUUUAAAAUAAUAAUAAGAUACAUUGUUUCUUUCGAAUCUAUUUAUUGUUGAUGGUGAUAUUGAAAAUUGUGUAUCUAUUAUUUUGUUUUCGUUUUGGAAAUUUACUAAAUUUUUCGCAACUUGGUUCACUCAUUGAUUUAUAUGACGGUGGUAAUGUGGAAAAAUAAUUAUCUCAACUCAUCAUUAUUAUCAAAAUAAUUUCACAUCCUUAAUCCAUAUCAUCAAAAUCAAAUCUAUCUAUUUCUAAAUUAAUUUCAUUGUUUUUCAUACAAUUACAUUGAUUGUUAUUUUAUCUGAAGAGAUGCUUUACAUAACAAUUGAAUAAAAAAAAAUCCUGAUAAAAAAUUCUUUCAUUGCGGAUCAACUUGGAAACAAAACGUUUUUUUGACGAAAUCCAACAAAUAAAAACGACCAAAAAUAUUUUGAAACUACUCAUAUAUCUGCCUGCCAACAACAUCAUCAAACGUGAGAAAGUAAAGCAAAGAACAACUUGAAAAUGGCAGUCGAUUAUUAUGAAAUUUUACAAGUAACUCGUACGGCAUCGCCUGAUGAAAUUAAAAAAGCUUAUCGCAAAUUGGCACUAAAAUGGCAUCCCGAUAAAAAUCCAAAUAAUAAAGAUGAAGCAGAAAAACAAUUUAAACAAAUUUCACAGGCAUAUGAAAUUUUGUCUGAUGAUAAGAAACGUCGCCAAUACGAUAAAUAUGGUUCGGUCGAUGAUCAACAAGAUUUUUUUGGCACAAACAACAAUCACAAUCCAUUCGCAUCUAUGUUUUCAUUUCGUGAUCCACACGAUAUAUUCCGAGAAUUUUUUCGUGCUGAUCCGUUUGCCGAUUUCCAGCCAUUUGGAGGUGGAGGUUUUCCCCCGUUUGGUCAAAACGGUUUUGGUUUUGGCAAUCUACAACCAUUUGUUGAUCCUUUUGGCGUUGGUAAUACCCAUAGCUCUUUCACGACAUUCACAUCGGAUGAUCCAUUUGCUCACAUGAAUGGGAAUGGUAUGCGUUCUAAUGUCAAACGUACAACAACAACAACGACUAAAUAUGUGAAUGGUAACAAAAUUGAAACAAGAAAGGUGUUUGAAAAUGGAAAAGAAACUGUCACUGUCCACGAGAAUGGUAUUCUCAAGUCAAAAGUCAUCAAAGAUGCACCACAAAAUAAUCUCAGUAAACAAUCUAUCAAAUUCUAAUCAAAACCAUUCAUCUUAAUCCUAAAAAUCAUACACAUACACACACACACACACACAUACAUAAUUAGUAAUUGCUAACAUACAUACAUAAAUACAAAUUUUACAUUUUCAAAGAUCAAACAAUUUUAGGUUUAGACAUGACCAAUUUAUUGUUAUUUUACUAUUAUGAACAAUUUUAUUGCUGAAAAACGAUUGAUCUUUGUUCGAUCAAAAAAAAAAUCCAUAAUCAUUCCGAUUUUCUUUCAUUGUUAAUUGUCAAGUUUUUUUUCCUGAAUUUAGACAUGAUUUUUGCCACAUUGCGCGCUCAUACAUACAUAAUAAACAUCUCUUUUGAACAAGUAUUAAAAUCAUUUUAUUAUUCAUACAUGAGAAUUUAUAUGGCAAUGGCACAAAACAUAAUAAAUACAAAAACGAAUUC